GUGAGCACUAAUUGGUGAUAAUAAAUUGAAAUUCAAGAUCAAUGGCUGCUAAUGAGGUACGCUUUGCUGUAGAGGCCCCCCUGGUAAUGAAGAGCGAGUAUGAGUGUGACCUGAUGAUUGAGGCACUCAGUAGAGAACUCACUGCAAUAAAGGACCAUUUGGCCUUCCUCACUCAUCGUCUGUACACUGAGGAGAACCAAGGGAAAGUCCCUACACAGCAAGCCACGCCUCCUCCUCCGAACAGAUCUCCUCUUGUCUCUCCUCAGCAGAAGCAUACCAAGAAGAAGCGCCUCCUCCAGGCUGCUAGAGACAGGAGGAAGAGUAGCCAGGCUGAGUACUUGUCACUGGUGGACCGCACUGAGGGAGCUAGGGCAGACGCUAGGAAGCAGUGCUUGGCUCUAAUGCAGCGACAUAUACAAGACCAGCUGGCCACACUGAAGAAGAGGUCAGGAGAACUGAGGAGACGAAUGGCCAAGAGGGAACACAGGAUAAGAUUGGCUAAGAUUAAGUUGAAGCCACCUCGACACCGUUCCUCUGGAGUGGAUGAUACCUCAUUCCUGGGUAAUGUGUACCUGAGCAGCUUCUAUAAGAUUGUUGAUGAGGAGCAUCGACUAAGGAAGGCGGGACAGCUACAAUCUUUGAAUGACCUAAAGACAUUCUGGGAGGACAUGUUGUCUCCACUCAUACCUCACACCCCUACCCCUACACCAGGACCAACCAUUCACAUGCGUGAUGAUAAUGACAGUGAUGAUGAAGGCUACACAAACUCCUGGGCGCUCACUGCCCUCCCUCCAGACAGUAGGGACAAGUUACCAGUCAGGACUUCAGCACUGUACAAUGAUCAAGAGUUGGAGUUUGUACCAAGUGUCCUGCCCAAGCUACGCUCGAUUGCUGACAUUCUAGAUGAAGGAAAACAACUCAAAAAGGAGGCUCCACACCACACACACCACACUGGAGUGGAGAGUGUGACACAUUGUCUUCAUCAGAUGUACCAGCAAUCAAGAGCCAAUGAAAUGGCCAUGAGACGUCUCCUACCAUCAUCACCAACCUUUGACCUACCACCCCUCUCGUCAUCCACCCACUCUCCUGACACACUACCUCCUCAAUCAACCUCACUACCCCCUCAAUCAACUACACCACCCCCUCAAUCAACCACACUACUACGCCACUCCACCACUUUGUCCAUUCCUCCACCAUCUGUGAACAAAGCUACUGCAUCAAUACAAUCCAGCCCCCCGCAGCCUCUACUAGCCCCCCUAAUACUGCCCCCUCAGCCUCUACUAGCCCCCCUGACUAUGGACAGUGCACUGGGGGAGGGGAGAAUACUUGAGCCCAAGUGCAAGAGUAGCUUAUGGACUAACUUUAUAACAGCUCAAAUAUGAUUGUUUGUGCAUUAAUAUUGAAUGUACAGUGUUGUAUCUCUUUUGUUGUAUGAUGGAAAAUAAUAAUAAUUAUCAAUG